AUCACACAAAGCUAACCAAAAGAGUGAACCUUGUGAUUUGUCAUUUCUAACACUGGACAGCUACAGUACAUGAGUUUGGGCCAGCAGUCAUGAAUAGAGCAUGGAUUAUGUUCAAGUCCCAUCCAUACAUAUCCAAUGUUGUGGGAUACACAGCACUGUUUGCUUCAGCUGACCUCAUUCAGCAAAGCUUGAUGGGAGAAACAUUAGAAACCGGGACUUUGCAGAAGCAAAACGAAGUGGGACAGAAUACAUCAAUUAAGAGAUUACCUGUGCCUGAAGAUGAAGAUACACGACAUAUGAACUUGUACAACCCAAAAGUAAGUCAGCGUCAUGGCAUUGACUGGACCCAGACUGCUCGGGUGGCGCUGGUUGGGUUCUGUUUCCAUGCCAACUUAAAUUACCAUUGGUUACGAGCAUUAGAGAAGAUGUUUCCAGGGGGAGGGGCCAAAAAAAUAUUGAUCAAAGUGGGUUUGGACCAACUAAUUGCUGCACCUACAACGAUAAGUGCUUUUUACAUUGGGUUGAGCACUUUAGAGGGUGCAGAAGAUCCUCUUGAAGACUGGAGAGAUAAAUUUUGGACCUCUUAUAAGACUGGAGUGGUUUACUGGUCGACAAUGCAGGCUGUGAAUUUCUCCCUGAUCCCACCUGUAGCUCGUACUAUCUAUGUUGGAGGAGCCGCUCUUAUCUGGACUGUGUUUCUGUGUCACUUCAGACAGCAGAAGAGUAACUCACUGACCUAGACUUUGUUCAGACAUUUGAAUUAUUAAACUGUAGAUUACAUACAAUGGCAGCAGAGAUAUUGUAUGUUUCUUUUGGCAGUUUUUAGACAAUCAUCAAGGGGCAUGCUGGUUGAUAUGACCAUGGUUACAUUUGUUACUAGUAUCACUGACAUAUUACUAUAGGCCUAUAUUUCCUCUAGGCCCUAAUAUCUGGUUAUAAUCUGAGUAAAAGUAUAUUUUAACUCAG